AUGGGGCGAAAGCUUACAGACGACGAAAUUGUCGGUGUUGGAGGUUUGGAGCGUGUGGGUAAGCUCGUAGCCAAUAUGGUGCCCUUUAUCACCUAUCUUAACAGCAUCGCGAUGCCCGACGAUGACACGUCAGACUCGAGCGACGGCGAUGGAAGCGAUGCCGAGCCUGACAAUGACAGCGGCGCUGCAGAGGAUGACGAGGCUUGA